CCCGCGGGCAGGGACGGGCUCGGGGGCUGUGAGGCGGUCGGGAGGGCUUUAGUGGGGCGGAGAGGACGCGGUCUCUCCGGCCGCGGGGCGAAUCCGGAGCAGGUGCCUUCCCACCUGGCGCCGGGGGCGCUGGCCUCCGCGGUUGGGCACCGGGGACCGGCGGCGCGCGGCGAGGAGUCGCCUUCCCCCGGAGGAGCGGGAGUUUGGGACCGGCUGGAGCCAGUUGCCCCCGGGAAGGGCCCUCGGGCGCACUUGCAGGCUUUCCUCCGCCUUGCCCGGACUCUCGCUGGCUGUCCCCGCUCCCGCUCGCCUCCCCGCCUGGCUCAGGCAUCCCUGGAAUAGCCAGAAGUUGACUCCAUCAUGGCGGAACUCAAGGUGGAGACCCAUGCCAGCGUGGACUGGCAGAAGCGCUGCCUGGCCCUGGAAACCCAGCUCUUCCGGUUCCGCCUGCAGGCCAGCAAGAUCAGGGAGCUGCUUGCUGACAAGAUGCAGGAGCUGGAGCAGAGGCUGCUGGAGGCAGAGCAGAGGGCAGAGAACGCCGAGACCCAGGUGGGUGUAAUGGAGGAGAAGGUGAAACUGUCCAAUCUGAAGAACGUGGACACAGCAGGCAGCCUGCACCGGAAGUACCAGGACCUGCUGAAAGCCAUGCGGGGUAAAGAUGAGCUCAUCAGCCAGCUGGAGGCACAGCUGGAGAAGCAGAAGCAGAUGAGAGCUGAAGAAGCAAAAGUUGUCCAGGAAAAAGCUGCGAAGAUCAAAGAAUGGGUGACUCUGAAGUUAGGAGAGCUUGAGAUGGAGAAUCAGCACCUGAAGAGCAGUAAUCAGCACCUGGCAGAGCAGGUGGGAGCCCUCCAGGAUGCUCUAGAAGCUCUUCAGAUGGCACCUUCGGGGAAGCUGCUGGUGGCCCCCCAGGAAACCCCAGAGCAGGAUUCUGACGCUUCGGGGCCAGGGGUGCAGCCGAUAGGGCAGGACAGUGGUCCCCAGGCCAAGGAUGCCCUGAAGGCAGCUCUGCCUGCACCUUCCCCAGGUGCUCUGCCUAGAAGGGACUCUGGUCCUAAAGCAGGAAUUUCCCUGGAGGAUUCUAGUUCUAUCGUGGUCCAUCCUGGGGAAAUAGCCGAGGCCAAGACCCUUCCACCUCAUCUGGGAAGAGAGGGCUCUCCCCGCCGGCUGUGCAUGAAGCCUCGCACCCACAGACAUGGUUCGGCCUCCUGGGGGGAGGGCCUGGUCACUGCUCAGGGAGGCACGCUCCCUGGGACAAAGAACUCUGCCAGGGAAGGAAGCCCGGGCUGCAGCCUGACACUACCAAAGGCGCGGGUCCCCAGCACCCCCCGGGACAGCAUCCAGCUGGCCAAGCGGCACCACAGCCAGCCCCAGGUGGGCCCCGGGUGUUUCAACCAUGUGGUGAGCAUCGAGAUUGGGACCCUCUCAGCCCUCCACCCCUCCAGGCUUCCUGAGGCGGAGGCCCGAGCUGAGCUCCGGGAGGAACCGGAGAAUAUGGAGAUGGGGGAGCCACCCCCAGGAGGGAAGAAGGAGGAAAGAGAGAGCCCACAGGCCCCUGGAGCUGAGCUGGAGGAAGUGGAUUUGGGCAACACACCCCCCACGCCCCCCCUGCACCGGUUUCCAUCCUGGGAGAGCCGGAUCUACGCGGUGGCCAUGGCUGGCAUGCGGCUCUCGGAUGCAUCUCCCAGAAUGAAUGCUACCUGCUGCGCUUCAAGCCCUCCUGCCCUUGCGUUCCCUGGGCCUUUCUCUGGCCUUGUCUACAAGAAUGUCACCGUGCCUGUCUACACUGCCCUGAAGGGGAGAGCCACGCAGAUCAGCACCGUGCCUUUUGUGGACGAAUCGUCGGGCUCCGAUGAUGACUGCUGCUCUCAGGCCAGUUUCCGAACUUCGGUCCCCUGCUCUGAGUCCAGGAAGACCAGCGGACUGGGCAGCCCCCGGGCCAUCAAGAGAGGUGUCUCCAUGUCCUCGCUGAGCUCCGAGGGGGACUACGCCAUCCCCCCAGAUGCCUACUCACUGGACAGCGACUACUCCGAGCCAGAACACAAACUGCAGCGGACCUCCUCCUACUCUGCUGAGGGGCCAGGCCUGGCCGGGGAGUCCCUGGAGAAGUCGGGCUACCUGCUGAAGAUGGGGAGCCGAGUGAAGACAUGGAAGAGGCGCUGGUUUGUCCUGAGACAGGGACAGAUUAUGUACUACAAGUCCCCGAGCGAUGUCAUCCGAAAACCGCAGGGUCAAGUGGAACUGAAUUCCCGUUGCCAGAUUGUUCGAGGGGAGGGUGCACAGACAUUCCAGCUUAUCUCUGAGAAGAAGACCUAUUACCUGACGGCGGACUCACCAGGCCUGCUGGAGGAAUGGAUCCGCGCGCUGCAGAGCCUGCUGAAGGUGCAGGCCGUGGGGCCUCCAGCCUUGCCUCGGGGUGGCUCCAAGCCCACUGUGAAGGGCUGGCUGACCAAGGUAAAACAUGGCCAUUCCAAGCUGGUCUGGUGUGCUCUUGUUGGGAGAACCUUCUACUACUAUCGAAGUCAUGAGGACAAGCGACCCCUGGGCCAUUUGCCUGUGCGGGACGCGCGCAUCGAGGAAGUCGAUCGAUCCUGUGACUCCGAUGAGGACUAUGAGGCUGGGGGAAGCAGGCGGUUGCUCUCCUCCCACUGCACCCUGGUGAUCCACCCCCCAGAGCACAGCCCUACCUACCUCCUCAUUGGCACCAAGCAUGAAAAGGACACGUGGCUGUACCACCUCACAGUGGCUGCAGGGGGCAGCAGCGCCACAGUCGGCACUGCCUAUGAGCAACUCAUUGGAAAACUGAUGGACGGGGAGGGAGACCCAGACUCCCCUCUCUGGAGGCACCCCAUGCUGUGUUACAGCAAGGACGGACUGUACACCUCCCUCACCACCCUGCCCUCCGAGGCCCUGCAGACGGAGGCGCUCAAGCUCUUCAAGUCCUGCCAGCUCUUCAUCAACGUGCCGGUGGAGGCAGCCUCGGUGGACUACCAUGUGUCGCUGGCGCAGACGGCCCUGCAGGUCUGCCUGGCUCACCCCGAGCUGCAGAGCGAGAUCUACUGCCAGCUCAUGAAGCAGACCAGUGGCCGCCCGCCUCAGAAGUGCUCCCUCAUACAGUGCUGGCAGCUCCUGGCUCUGUGUGCCCCACUCUUCCUGCCUCAGCACCACUUCCUCUGGUACGUCAAACAGCAGCUCCAGCGCCACGCGGACCCCCGAAAUGAAACUGGCCAGUAUGCCACCUACUGCCAGCGGGCCGUGGAGCGGACGCUGCAGACAGGGGAGCGGGAGGCCCGGCCGUCCCGCAUGGAAGUCGUGUCCAUCCUGCUACGCAACCCCUUCCACCACUCCUCACCCUUCAGCAUCCCCGUGCAUUUCACCAAUGGGACUUACCAGGUGGUCGGUUUUGAUGGCUCCUCCACGGUUGAUGAGUUCCUCCAGCGUCUGAACCAAGAGACGGGCAUGAGGAAGUCCUCCCACUCUGGCUUUGCCCUCUUCACAGACGAUCCUUCCGGCAGGGACCUGGAACACUGCCUGCAUGGGAGCAUCAAGAUCUGUGAUGCCAUCUCCAAGUGGGAGCAAGCCGUGAAGGAGCUGCACUCUGGCAAGGCUGAGGGUGGCACACGUGUCGUGAAGCUGAUGUACAAGAACAGGCUGUACUUUCGGAGUCAAGUCAAAGGGGAGACAGAGCGGGAGCGGCUGCUGCUCGCCUCCCAGACCAGUGGGGAGAUCGUGGCAGGGAGGUUUCCUGUCAACAAAGAGCUGGCGCUUGAGAUGGCUGCCCUAAUGGCCCAGGUAGAAUAUGGGGACUUAGAGAGGCCCAGCCCACCAGGCCCCGGGAGCCCUCCCCCUGCCAAGGUUCAGCAUCAUCUCCAGCAGGUCCUAGACAGGUUCUACCCGAGGCGCUACAGACACGGGGCACCCCCUGAACAGCUGAGGCACCUGGCAGAUCUGCUGACCACAAAGUGGGCAGCCCUACAGGGCUGCUCCCCUCCUGAGUGCAUCCGCAUCUACCUGACGGUGGCCCGGAAAUGGCCUUUCUUUGGUGCUAAGCUCUUUGCUGCUCAGCCUGCACAGAUGUCUUCCAAGGACAGCUCUCUGGUGUGGAUUGCUGUGAAUGAAGACGGUGUCAGCAUCCUGGACUACAGCACUAUGCAAGUGCACGUCACUUACCCCUACUCUUCAGUAACGACCUUCGGUGGCUGCCGGGAUGACUUCAUGCUUGUGAUUAGAUCCAUUCCAGACCAGAGCUCUGGAAAAGGCCACAUUGAGAAGUUGCUCUUCCGGAUGGCCGCUCCCAAGAUUGCAGAGGCUACGUUCAUCAUGGCCAGCUACAUGAACCACUGCUCUGCGACUGUGAACCCCCGCAACAACCCGCCCGCUGACCACCAGCUAUGGGAACUGGAUGGACAGCAGUUCUUUGCUUCUGUUCCGUGUGCUGCCAGAGGGCCAACGUUGCUGUGAAUGCUUCUCCUACCCCUUUCCCCCCAAACCACCUGGUACCUCUGGGAUUAGAGAUUGUAUCCUAGGGUAUGAUACUACUGUGAUGGGCCGGACAGCCCUCCCCCAACCCCACUCUGUUUGUUCUAUGAAAUGUCUAGUUCAGUGUCCCUGAAGCCUUUACUCUCUAGGUGCCUUAUGUUUCAGGGCCCAAGUUUUAAAAAUCCAGACCCAGUAUAAAAACCACUUUUUUUCACCAGAAUACUGAGCUCUGGAUCCUGCCCGAUUCUAGACACAGACUGGGAUGGUCUACUGUUACUGGUUACUGAGGGCAUCAGUGCUGUAAAUUAAGGCUUUCUGCAUGGAUACUCUUGGGAAGGCCAGUAUCUUUUAUACUGCACAUGGUCCUUAUGUGGGGAUUUAUACUUGAAGUUUUCCCAACAUCCCCAAACAAGAUAGGACUAAAAUUUCCAAUUCACCUGAACUGUGACAAAAGCCUAGAACUCAUUAAAACUGGACUGCUGUUCCCAGAUGGGAAAGGUAUUAGCAGGGCUGAAGAAAAAGGAAGAGACUCACCUUUUCCCUUCCCCACUGUAAGAGAGCAGGCAUUUGCAGUGCCCUCUGGGGCAGCAGCUCCUGUCUUUGCAGGACAAGGCAAGGCACUAUCCCUGCUGAGAUUGAAGCUAUUCUCCCUCACACUGGACUGUCAGCCCAACUGGGUACAAGCAAGGGCAGGGGGUAAGUCCAACGCGACCUCUCCCUGUCUCAUUUUAACCACUAGCUAGGGCUCAGUGAAGGCUGUGCUUCCUACUGUAGGAUGGGGUGGUCAUCACUUGUUUCCUUGUUCUUUGAAAGACCAAACAAAUGCACCGUUUUUUGCUGCUUUGUGAGGCCACCAAAGAUGAGACAGAAACAGAAUCCAGGCUUAUGGGCCUGGAUUUACUCAAGACUUCUGGCGAACUUUCGCUGGGAAUUAAUUGGAGGGCAGAAGGCACAUAGGCUAAGAGCAUCCUGAUGAUACAAAUACCCCCUAACCCCAAUGGAGACCUUAUGUUGAGUGCAGAGAUGAUCCUUGUCUCCACCCUCCCCUGAAAGAAAACAAAAAGACGAAAGAGUUCAUUCAUGCUCUGAUUUUCCAGCAUUGGAGAAACUUGAGUUUUAUUUCAUAGCUCUGAGGCAGUCUGAGCAUUUGUCAAUAAAGUGCUGAAAACUGUAUGGGUUUAGCAGUAGCAUCUAAGAACCAAGCCUUUGACUUCAGCGAAGUGUGUGUCUGUGUGUUGCGCACUGUAAGAACUUCAAGGCUGGAACUGGUUAUCUGAACACCUCAGCUGCUGUAGGCUUCCCCUCUCUCACCCUUUAAACGGAAAAGCAUAAAAAAAAAUAAAGCAGCACAUGAUAGUGUCUGCCUCUUUUAAGUGAACUUGACUUUGCAAGACUGGAAAUUUUAUAGCCAUCUCUCAUUUCUAUUGCUGCCUUUCCCCCAGGAUUUAGAAAUUAGAUGAGACAUUUCUACCUCAAACAAGUCACACGUCAUAUGUACCACAGGCUCCAAACAACCCCUCCUGUACUGAUGUAAAAUUACGGCUCUGGUUUAUAAUGCCCUGAGUGUCUCCAGGCCCAUGAGGAUAAUUUUAUCCACCUGGGAGUUUAAAGAGAAAAAAAAAAAA